AUGAGGGCGGUGGUGCUGGUGGCCGUCGUGCUGAUGCAGUGCUGCAAAGUGAUCGUCGCGGCAAGGCCGUUGCUGGAGGCGCCGGCGGUGGCGGGAGGUGACGGUACUAGCUGGCAGGAGAUGAUCAUGCAGGUGCUACAAGGCGGGCCGGGCGGCAACAACCACAACAGCCAAGCUCCCAACGGAUCGUGCCCCCUGAUAAAUUAA